UCCUGCCUCUGUUCGUUUCCUCCUUCCUUCUCUCGCUCCCCUGUCUCUCUCCUGCUCUUGAGUUCCUCGCCGGAGAACUACGCCGGUUGGUUGUUCCCGUCGGAGUUCGGGUUCUGGGCUCGAACUCAGGUUUGGACGUCGGGGUUGGGGCUUUUGGUUCGAGUUUGCUUCUCCUCCCGCCGCUGCUUUGAUCGUGGUGCUCGUGUGGAGAAGCGGAGAGUGGUCUCCGUCUGAUGGUCGAGGCGUCCCGGCGGGGAGGAAAGUAGGGCUUGGCAUGGAGACGGCGAUGGAGACCUCGCCGCCGGCGGCAGAGACCAAGAAGGAGCCGACGCCGCCUGCGGCAGAGACCAAGAAGGGGCCGACGCCGCCUGCGGUCGCGCAGCCUGUGCCAGAGACCAAGAAGGAGCCGACGCCGCCGGCUCCUGCUCCUUCUGCUCCUCCUCCCGCGCCGGCGGCGGCGGCGGUGGUGGCAGCGAGAGGGGACGGGAAGCGGAAGAGGGGGCGGCCGAGGAAGUACGGGCCGGACGGGGGCCUGCUGCGGCCGCUGAACGCGACGCCGAUCUCGGCGUCGGUGCCGGACGACUCCGGCGGGGGGCACUACACGCCCGCGUCCGCCGUGGGGGCCGCCAUGAAGCGGGGCAGGGGGCGGCCCGUGGGGUUCAUCAGCCGCGCGGCGCCCGUGGUGGCGAUGCCGAUGCCGGUGCCGGUGACGGCCGCCACGCCGACCCCCGUGGUGGUCGUCUCCACGCCGCCGCCCCCCGCGCCCAUGUCCUCAUCCGCCGCCGCCCCGACGCAGCAGCUCGUGCCGCCCCUAGGCGAUGUGGUAGGAUGUGCUUCCGGUGCGAAUUUUACACCUCAUAUCUUGAAUGUUGCUACCGGUGAGGAUAUUAAUAUGAAGGUCAUAUCUUUCUCCCAACAAGGCCCAAGGGCGAUUUGCAUUCUGUCCGCCAAUGGUGUGAUUUCGAAUGUUACGUUGCGUCAGCAUGAUUCUUUAGGUGGUACAGUGACUUACGAGGGCCGGUUUGAGCUGCUUUCCCUGUCCGGAUCUUUCACGCCGACCGAGAAGGGCGGAUCCAGAGACCGCUGCGGCGGGAUGAGCGUCUCUCUAGCGGCCGCCGAUGGCCGCGUCAUCGGAGGCGGCGUGGCUGGCCUCCUUGUUGCCGCAAGCCCGGUUCAGGUUGUGGUGGGAAGCUUCCUUCCGAGCUACCAGAUGGAGCAGAACGGCAAGAAGCCGGUGAUCGAGAUGAAGACGGUGGCGGCGCAGCCGGCCAUGGGGUUCACCAUCUCCAGCGGCGGCGACAUGGAGGACUCGUACAGCGGAAGCCAGGCACGGGCCGGUAAGGGUGCGUCAGCGUUCAGGGUGGAGAACUGGACCGCCCAGCCGGUGGCAUCGGCGCCGCCCGCAGCCGAGGCGAGGAGGACGCCGUCGUCGGAGGCGGCCAAGGUCCCCGUCUCCGGAGGGUGAAGAGGAGGAGAGCUCGCCAGCCAGCCAGCCCUGCUCAGAAGCUCUCAGGGCUCUGCAAACGUGCGGAGAAAUUCGGAGGAAUUCAAAUAGUUGGAAAUUUAUACACCAUGUGAACUGAACUGAACUGAUCGAUGCCGCCAAUAGUUAAAAAUUUACAUGUAUCAAAAUACUUACACCUUGCAAUUAAUUAGUAUUCCUUGUGGAUCCAUUUUGUUUGUUCCUAUGG